AUGUCUGAUAGCGAUAACGAUGAUGAUGGCGCGUUCGUUGUGAACGUAGAUGAGCACUCCAACGGCACUGCUGACAAUAAUGGUGGAGCAGAUGGCAGAUCAUCAAUAAACGCGUUGCCUACUAACGAAGAGCUAAAGGUCGCAAAUGCCAUAAUUAGAAACAUUAUUUCUAGAGAAGUAAAAGGUCAGCUAAUUAAAAGAGACCAUUUCAAUGAGGUGUAUCAGCAAUACUCAGAUGCCAAAAGAACAAAAUUCGAUAUCAUGUUUCAGUUUGUACAGGAUAUAUUGAAGAACGUAUAUGGCUUGCAAUUGGUACAUGUUGCAGACAAGGUCAUCGCGACGAGUCUGCGAGGCAAAAGGGCGAAAGUGAGCUCAAAUAACAGUAAAAAGAGCAGUAACAGUAAUAAUGACGCUAACAGUGCGAAUGGUGCGAAGAAUAGCGUGUAUAGCAGGACAUUUUGCUUGGUAAAUACCCUCCCAAGUGAAGCAAGGAACGUUCUUGGAGAGAUCUGGCAAGAAGAGGCAAAUCAGAAGAUACCCAACGGUAGAAAUGAAGAUGAUCAACAAUACUUUUUGCCUAAGUACAAGCAAACAGUAACUGCUGGCUCCAACCUGGAACUUAUCAAGAGCGGGAUCUUACUUUUAGUUGUUAGCGUUAUUGUUUUGUCGGAAAAUCGUAUAUCAGAAACUGAAUUAUUGAAGCAAUUGAAGAAAUUUGGUCUUUCUGAGAGUGUAAUAGAAAAGAAUAGCUCUUUGAAUAUGACCACGGUAGAGUUGCUAUCAGAGUUCGUCAAGAGAGAUUAUUUAGAGAGAGAGGGGCAAGCAAGUGACUUUGUAGACUACACUCUAGGUCGAAGGCUAUCCGCAGAAUUCGAACCAAAGUCGCUAUAUGAGUUCAUUCUGAAUUUAUAUGGUGAGGGGUUUGACUUGGAUGUGCAGGCCAAGACAAUGAAUAGUAUAGAGAGAUCAUUUGGAGUUCAAAUAGAGAUACCGAGUGCACCUAGUGAACAACUGCAAGUAGAUAGAAGAAGAGAAGGACAGCAAGAGGAGGGCCAAGAUGAGGAGGAAGAGGAAGAGGAGGGCCAAGAGGAAGAGGAAGAGGAAGAGGAAUAG